AAGACAGUUUCCACCAGUCUGGAGAGGUAACUUUAGUACGGCUGUGCCCCGAAACAAAAAAACCUACUUAACUCAACCCGACCCUAUAUAGCGAGAAUAAAAAUAGAAAGUCUCCUGGAAAGAUCUUCACAUGUCGAUUUGGAAGGGAGCAAGCAAAUAAAACAAGUUUUAAAGCUAAAGAAGUUUCUCAGUGAAGUGCAAACCCCAACCGAAAAAACUGGUCAGAAUAGCCUCAGUCGCUUAGACCAUCGGUGGCCCACCAUUGGUGGGUUAUAAGAAGAAGAAGACAGUUUCCAUAACCUCAACCACAAAAUAAAUAGGAAUAAUUUGUUUUUGUUUUUCUUGGGAAAAAAUUGAAUUUUGGGUACUAGCUGGUCCAACCCAAUUCAAAAUGAGCAGCGAAAAUUCUGUAAUUUAUGGGUUAGAAUUUCAAGCAAGAGCGUUAGCUCCUCAAUUAGCAGAAGCCGAAAAAAUCCGGUUUCUCAUUGGCACCCAAUCACUAAAACAAUCCAAUAAUCAAAUACAUUUAGUGGAGUUCAAUGAAGAAAUUUCCACAGUAAAAACGACAGUUUUUCACCACUCUGAGGGUGAAAUUUGGAAAAUAACUACUAGUCCGUUAGACGCGUCAAAGGUAGCAACCUGUUAUAAUGUUGUAAAUAGUGAUAAUGGAUGCAGCUUUAAAACAUCCAUUUUAAAGCUUCCUGAAUCCGAAAACCCUGAUAAUAUUGAAAAUUUGGAGGUUCUUACUAAGUUUCAUACUGAAAGUUAUGGUACUGAAAUAAAGACUACCGAAUUUCAUCCAAGUGAUCCUUCUAUAGUAGCUUCUGUUAUUGAUAAUAAUGUAGUUUUGUGGGAUGUAGCUGAACAAGAUGGAAAAGCAAUAAAAACAUUUCAACUGGAUGGUAAGCACAGCCCAAAAUUCACCACAGGUAAAUGGUACCCUCAUCAAAAUUCCAACCAAUUCUCAACUGCUACAGAGACCCACUUAAAAACUUAUGACAUUCGAACUGGGGACAUUGCCUGGCAGAUUGAUGGUGCACAUCAACAACUUAUUCGCGAUCUUGAUUUUAACAUGAACAAGCAAUACUAUGUGGCUACGUGCGGAGAUGAUACUUUCGUGAAAAUCUGGGAUUUUCGCCAACCUAACGCUCCAGUAUAUGCAAAACACGACCACUCGCAUUGGGUCUGGUCAGUGAGAUUUAACCACUACCAUGAUCAGCUCCUAUUGACUGCAAGCUCCGAUUCUAGGGUUUUACUCUCUAGUGCUGCUAGUGUUAGUAGUGAAAAUAGCAUAGAUAUUUGUGCCACAGAAGAUGCAAAGGGAGAGACAAAAAAGCCGUUGUUGGAUGGUCCGUUGCAAUGGUGUGACCAUGAAGAUAGUGUGUAUUGUGCUGAGUGGUCUCCUUCAGAUCCUUGGAUAUUUGCUUCUUUGAGUUAUGACGGACGAUUGUUGAUAUCUAGAGUUAAAAAGUCUUUAAAAUAUCAAAUUAUGUUAUAGAAAUGAUCUUCCAGGUCAUUUGUUCAUUCCAACAUAUAAUUUAUUUUAGUAAUGUUAUGUCUUAAGGUUACGUAAUUUAUUUGCUAUUUACUGUUUUUUGUUGGAUUAUCUGAACAUGCUUAUUAAUUGAUUUAUGUGUCAAUGUUAUACAACAAUUUUUUACAAUUCUUCAUAUUUUAAUUUAUAAAAAGUGAGCUUUUUAUUUUACAUUAAUAAAAAUGACAAAGAAGAAA